AUGAAAGUGCGGAUGCAGACUGGAAACCUGACAGGCCGCGCCGGCGCAGCGUCUGCCGCCAAGGGCGUCCAAUUGUCGCUCAAUGGCGCGGCACGCGAGGUCGCAUCCCUCUACCGCGGCGUCCUGAGCGCAGCGACGGGCGCCGGCGUAAUCAUCGGCGCCUACUUCGCCUUCUACUCCACAACCAAGCGGUUCCUGCGGCAGCGGACAUCUCUAGGGGAGGGCCAGAUGGCAUUUGUGUCCGGCGGCGUCGCCGCCGUCGGCAGCGGCGUGGUCAAGGUGCCCAUCGCGGUGUGCAUCCGCAGCGUGCAGGCGGGGGUGUACCCGAACGUCGUCGCGGCGGCGCGCUCCAUCACGGGCGCGGCGGGCUUCUCGGGGCUGUUCACGGGCUUCCUGCCCACCAUCAUGGAGGACGUCCCGGACAUGGCCGUGAAGUUCGCGGUCUACGAGACGCUGCGCUGCGUCCACGCCCGCGUCAGCGACGGGCGCCAGCCCUCGACCCUCGAGGACCUGCUUAUGGGCGGGAGCGCCGGCGCCGCGGCCGCCGCCGCGACGACGCCGCUGGACGUGGUGAAGACCCGCAUGAUGUGCUCGGCCAGCACGCGCCCCACCUUUGCCGCCGCCGUGCGCGGCGUCGCCGCAGAGGGCCAGGGCGCACGCGCUUUCUUCAGAGGCGUCGGGCCGCGCGCGCUGUCCAACGGGCUGAACAGCGCGGUUUUCUUCUGCUUCUUCGAAGCGAUCCGCCGCGUGCUGCUGCAGCGGCAAGCGGAGGCGGCCGCGGCCGCGGCCGCGGCAGCGGGCGGCGCGGCAGCGGGGGCCGGGAAGCAGCUGCGCGGGGCCUCGCGGAGGCGCGGCGCGGAGCCGGUCGUGCAGCAGCAGCAGCAGCAGCAGCAGCAGCAGCUGGCGCAGCUGCAGGCAGAUUUGGCGGAGCAGGGCGGCGCGCGGCGGCAGCGACUGGCGCGGUCGAAGCAGCAGCAGCAACAGCAGCGCAGCCAGGUUGGAUGGGGUGCAGGCGGGUCGGGCGUGGCCGGGGGCGGCGCCGCCGCGUGCCUGUCGCUUGCGCUGCCGGUGGGCCGCAGCGUGCGCUGGUGGUAA